AUGAGCGCUCAGGAGCCUGGAAGCAAACGGGCGAGUCCGAGAAGUAGUCCACCAAUACGUGACGCGACAAGUCCGUUGACGAAACCAAAAGGAGCAGAAACCAACCCACCAAAUCUCAGCCUCGACCAAACCGGCGGUCUAUUACACGGCAACGCCACAAUCGAAGCAGGCGGCAGCGACGAGGACGGGGAAUUCUCCGCCAGCGACUUCGACAUCGAAGAAACCUCCUCCCUCACAAGCACAAGCCGACGCUCUUCGUCCACAUCCGUAAGCUCCAGCAUCCUCGAGCACACCUACGAGAACGGCCGCCGCUACCACCGCUACCGCCAUGGCCGGUAUCCGCUGCCCAACGACGAGGCCGAGCAGAACCGCGAGGACAUGCUCCAUGCCAUGAUGCUAGAGGCGACGGAUGGGAGGUACUUUUAUGCGCCUGUGGGGGAGAACCCACAGCGUAUCGCGGAUUUAGGGACGGGGACGGGGAUUUGGGCUAUUGAGGUGGGAGAGAAAUAUCCUAGUGCUGAGGUGCUGGGAUUGGAUUUGAGUCCCAUACAACCAACUUGGGUGCCUCCAAAUGUCAAAUUCUUAAUCGACGACAUUGAAGAUGAGUGGCUCAACGGCGACGACUUUGACUUCGUCCAUCUCCGCAAUAUGAUUCCCAUCCUCAAAUCACCCGUUCUGCUACUGAAGCAAAUAUAUGCAAAUAUGAAGCCUGGGGCUUGGGUAGAGUUGCAGGAUGUAGACGGCCAAGUCCACACCGACGACGACAGCAUCCCCGAGGACUGGCCUCUAAAACGCUUUACCGAGAUCAUCCUACAAGCAUUCGCUCUAUACGAAACCAACGCGCACGCCGCUGUUUUUGGGGGGCAGUAUCUCGCCGAAGCGGGAUUUGUGAACAUCAAGCAUAAUUUUAUCAAGCUACCCUACGGGACAUGGCCUAAAGACAAAGUGAUGCGUUUGGUGGGUAUGUACUAUCGUACUGCAUGUGAAGAGUUCUUCCCAGCUAUUGGGAACCUUCAUUUUCCGCAACUGGGGUGGGAGAAGGCGGAGAUGGAGGUGUUUUUUGCUGAGUGUCGGCAGUCCAUGAGGGAUCCCAAGGUGCAUGCCUAUGGAAAGAUGCAUUUCUGGAGUGGUCAAAGGCCGCUGGAUGCAUGA